AUGAAUUCGCUCAUUGUACUAAUCAUUAUAACUGUUCUCCUGAGCAGUCAAAUCAACGGUCGUUUCGUACUCGACGAUGACGACGAUGAUUAUCAACGAACACGAAACGAAGAUUUUGCACAAUGGCUGUCACUAGCAUCAUCGUCAUUUUCAAAACGAGCAUUGUCGGACACGGAAGCAUUACCAUUCUUUUUCACAAUGUUCGGUGUCGACGAUGACUUAGGGAAUCAAUUUACUGAAAUUGUCAGUCGAUUUGGUGAACAAGAACGUCAACCAUUUAAUGCUGGUAUGGCAGGAGCCAUAGUAACUGCAAUACAACCGAUAUGUCCGGAAGUAAUCCUUGGGGAAAGAUCAACUAUCGAUGACGGUCAGAUGGAAAUGCUGAAAAUGAUUCAGGAUAUAGAAGGGUUUCUCCAGAAAUUGAAUGCAAAUGAUCGGAAUGUAUUCGAUAGUGUAUUUAAACAGAUGAAAACACAACAAAAUGCAGCAAAGGCAUGUAAAUUCCUAUUUCAAACGCUCCCCAAAAAGCCGACUGUUUAA